AUGGGGUGUAUUUAUGGAUGCUACGUACACUCUGCCAUUUUGCCGACAUUCCAUCGAAGAUGUUACUGGCUAUUGCAGAAUCCAGAUAUAGUACUAGUACACUAUCUGAACGUCCCGUACCCCGAUGACAACAAGCUGGCGACGGUGGCACCAAGUUUGGCGCUGUGGGCCGACAAAAAAGAAUGGACGAAAGACGAACUAGUCAGCCAGUUGAAACCUAUGUUCUUCAGCGAAGAUGAACCGGAUCUUAAUAGCGAUUUGGAAAUAUCAGGGAAAAUGUUUCAGACGACAGAAACCGUGGAAGCGAUUGUGGGGCAAUUAAUGGAAAAACAAAGAGCAGCUCGAGCAGCAGCAUUGGCUAGACAAUUAGAAUGCGGAUGCCCUGAUUCAACUUGUCAAGAUUCAAGGACAUGUGCUCAUCCCCUGCGUCGUAUCCAGGCAUCGAAACCACCAGCAUCGGACCACCACGUGUCCUCUACAACUGGGCCCUCACCUCGACCUAUGGCACAACCCCCACGCCAAUACACAAGAGAUCAUAGGACUUCCACUCAGUCGUCCCCCUUGUUGUUAUCAUUGGGACAGAUACAAGGAGGUGGAGGUUUACUAAUCUUGAACGGUACUAGUAAUGGAGGUCAACAGCAUUCUUCCUUAGUAUCACCAUUGUCAGUAACUUCGUUUGUUUGUGAAGAGCCAAGAGACAGAUACCGUCAACAAUAUAAACCCACUUUUGUAUUAAAAAGGGAAAUUCCGGAUAACCUGCCAAAUACAUGUAUUAAUAAAACAGAAUCGACUUUCGAAGUAGAAACACAGGUAGAAGAGAAAGUGAAUAUAGAAAUUUUUGAUAGGAAAAUAAAGAUGGAACCGAGAAGUCGUGGCCACAUGAUCGCAAGCGCACCGGCGACGCCAUCUCGAUACCCAGAUCUUCUAGAGCGUUUAGAGAAUAAAGUGCAUAUAGAUAACUGUGAUGAUACGUUAGUUUUGUUAGGAACAGAUGCGCAUUUAGAAUCAUCUAGUGGAUUUUUUGACGAGACGUUGGAGUUAUCGCAUGAAGAUAUCCAAAAAACGUUGUCAGCGAAUAUGCCAACGUGUGAAUUAGAUAGAAGUGUAGUACGGUCCACGGAGACCGCUAAUGUAAUGGUGUCCGGUAUUGAUACUAUGGACUUUAUAGAAAGUUGUGAGGCUGUAGCGUCACCCACGCAUGUGGUAGAUGACAAUGUAUUUGUCAAUUUGGAUGCUUUCGACAUGCUAGGCGAUUUUCCUGAACUGGAAGUACUAGAUCCGAGCUCAAUUUCCACGAAUCCUAUGUCCUUAUGUGGUAAUUCAUCGUCUGACAAUCAAGAAAAGAUGCAGACUGAUAGUAAUAAUGAGCGAGCAUUAAGUAUUACUGAUUACUCUCCGGAAUGGGCGUAUCCAGAAGGUGGUGUUAAGGUACUAGUCGCGGGACCUUGGACUGAGACUUCUGAUCAAUACACGGUUCUGUUUGACAAUUUUCCAGUACCAUCAAUAUUGGUUCAAAAUGGACUCUUGAGAUGUUAUUGUCCAGCGCAUGAGGCAGGCUUAGCAGCGAUGCAAGUGGCUAGAGGUGGCCGCGUAGUAUCUGAUACCGUUGUAUUCGAGUACAAAGCUGGCCCAGCUCCCGCACCUACGUCUCCAGCAUCGGCACCGUUACCGUCGCUGGAUUUUAGGCGGUUCUCAUUACUGCAGCGCCUACAACGCCUACAUGGGCGCUUGCAGUUGAAAACAGAGCCUAUGGAUGAUAAUAAUCAGGUUGAAGACGUCCAGUUGUAUACGAAUCCAAAAUUUGAAGAUCGUCUGGUCACAUUUUGCCAAUCGUUGAGUAAUAGGUCAGCAGGUACUUCUGAGGGCUUUGCAACCGAACCAAGUGAGGAAGGAUCUACAAUCCUCCAUUUGGCGGCAGCUUUGGGUUAUACCAAGUUGACCACAGCCCUGCUUCGAUGGCGGCAGGAUGAUAAUAGCUUAGCAUUAGAAAAGGAAGUUAAUUUAGGUGCCAGAGACAGCGAAAAUAAUACACCGUUGAUGGUAGCAAGUGCGGCGGGUCAUACAGACACGGCAGUAGUUCUAGCACGCUGGAGCGCAGGCACAAGGCGUGAGGCCGGCGCACGCGCAGCGGCUGCAGCCGCACAUCGAGCUGGUCAUACCCAACUAGCUGCGUUGCUUGAUAGGAUUCAUCCACCUACGGGAGAUGCGGUUUUUCGGAGACCUUAUAGUUUGUUGCAAAAAGGUCGAACGGGAAGCUUAGAAAGCAACUUAGUGAAAAGACCUUCAAUUGAUAGCGGCAUCAACAUGGCAGAUGCAUUUCGUUCAAACUCCGCUAUUGAUAGAAACGACUCUACUUCACUAAGGUGGGAGAGAAGUAUGUCUUUACCCUUAGACUCUGACACUUCCGAAGACAGUCUCGGAGAUAUGAAGAUAGGCCGUCGCAUGGAUCUAGCCCUUUGGGAGCAGGAUGACAGAGUGUUCACGUUAGCAGAACAGAUAAUAGCCGCAAUGCCCGAAAGAAUAAAGAACGAAAGCUCUACAUUGCUGUCCGGCUGCGAACUGGACCACGGACCUGGCGGCGGUGAUGACGCGCUCAUGGUGCCCCUACUUGAUGACACAACUGCGUUCCACGCCGAGUUCAACUUUGAGUUCUGUGACAACACUUACAGAACAUAUUGUGGCGGAUCAACCCCUUGCUCAUCCGGGUCAGUUUCCCCUGGAUCAGCGUUAUCUCCACCCCCAGAAUCACCUUUAUCAGCUCUACCCUGUACCCCGUCAGCCACACUGCAGGAGUUUCUGAAUACCACCACACACUUUUCGAGCCUGACUCUCAACGAUCGUGAGCAGCGGGAACUGUACUCAGCAGCCAUAACCAUCCAAAAGGCAUACCGUCAGUACCGCGGACGACAACUGCAGCGGCGAGCAGCAGCUGCCGCCAUCACUAUACAGAACUGCUACCGGCGAUACAAACAGUUCGCUUACCUGAAGCAAAUGCACGCCGCCGCCAUUGUUAUUCAGCGCGGUUACCGCUCGCACAGGGAGAGUCGGCAACAGGCCGCCACUGCGACAAUCAAAAAAACCUACUCACAGCGUCGUCAAAAUCAAGCAGCGAGGAAAAUUCAACAAUUUAUGAGACAAACUAAGAUUAAAUUGCAGAGAGAGCGAGCCGCAAGCGCGAGGGGGGACCGGCUGCUGCAGGAUGCCCGCCGAAACUCGUUGCUGCCCAUCACCAGUACACCUCACACGCCUAAUAGGAUCAUUGAUUACUUAGCGCCCGAAUCACCUAUGAACGCCGAUGAUGAUUUACUGAUCGAGCUUUUAUUUAAAAUGUGACCUGACACCGCUGCAAUUAUUUACUGAAGAUUUAUACCAACGACGUCUGAAGUUAUAUGAACAAGUAGGCGCUUAAUGGUUCUUAUUUUAAGCAAAAUUAUUGUUUGUUUACGAUUCACGAAUGUUUAUAUUUCUAGAUACUUCGGGUUGCUAACUCGUCUUUAAUAUAUUAAAAUGUUCGUUGUAGUACCAUUUCCUCGAAUUUGAUUUCUGUAGUACAUUCCAGAUCUAUUGUUUAUUGAUUAUCAUCUACACCUAUUCACUUUUUUACGCUAUAGUUUAGUCUAUCGGGUUUUUUAAAAUUAACAUUGUUUUCUUCUGUUUUUCGUUGGAACUUCAGGUCAUAGACAGGGUUAUAUUUAGUAUAAAUUUUAUCGUAUUUGUAUUAUAUUUUCAUAAUAUAUUUUUGAGAAAUUUGUUUAGAACAUUUAUUGGAAUCAUAUUUUUGAAACUAAAUUGGAUGUAAAAUAAUUCUCCUAGAACGCCGAUGAGAUAAAGUGUUUUAAAAUUCUUAAAUACUUUCUGUGCCAUUGGAGUGAAUUAAACGUAUUUGAUUUCGUUUUCAAUUUCGACUUUGUAAUUUUACGUGAACUUUUCGGAAUUACUUUGUUUUAUUGAUUUCCACGGUGAAGUUAGAGAGUAGGUUAAGUACAAAUUCAAAUUAUUAAAAGCCACUGUUCUUAUAAAGUAGAUGCACCUAGCGUAUAAUACAAUAAACCCGACGAGCUGUGAGUAUUUUGAGAUUUUAUCGUAUUUAAGAAAAAAAAAGUUAGUUUUACUAUUGGUCUAACGUUUACCAUGAAGGUUUCAUUCCAGCCUAAUAGGUUAAUUCUCUAGUCGACGCAGCGAAGCACAUAGCGGUAAUGGGUACUGCCGCGCCGAACGCGUUCCAUAGACUACACGUUAUUCUUUAUAUUGUUUCAUAUUCUGUUUUAUAUUUAGAAUGUUAACUUCUCUUAAAGAUUUCAAUAUAAUUCCAAAUUUCGAUUCCCCACCCCUAGUUCCUACUUCAACUAUUAAAUAUCUUACUAUCUAUAUAAAUCGAUUAGUUCAUUAGAAUAUAGUAAACUUUGUUUUAGAUUCCUUAAUAAAGCUAAAUGCCAUACUAAUCUAGCGUUCAUGAAAAAAAUAAGGUUGUGCACCACUUAAUUAUAGAAAUAACUACCUAAUUAUUCCCUUUUUCUGAAUUCUCUGAUAUUUUAACGUAGCAAUAUAGAUAUAGACUAAGAGUUAGAAGUAAUAAUAGCUUACCAUAAGACGACGUGCUGCCGUCGAGAUAUUUUCGAUUCGUAUUUUUAUAAAGCAAAGUUACGAAUGACUAAGGUUGCUUUGCUUGCAGGGCCGUGGAUUAGACUUUUAUUUUAAGUUGUCUAUUCGAUUAUACUUCAUGAGAAAUGUUGGGAAAUUUAAGCAGUCUUAAAAUUUUGGAUUGAAUCUUUGAUGUAAACGUUCUGAAUACAUUUGUAUACUUUUUAUGUCUUGCAUCUCUUUCGAAGGUUGGCCCAGAAUAGUCGGAAGAGGAUUUUCUAUUAUUAACGAUUUCCAUUGCUGGUAUCGUUAAAAAGUUUAAUAGGAGUUUUUGCUAACAUUUUUUGGAAAUUGUUCUUUCAUCUUUGAAAUUUCGAAUAAUAAGAUAAGGAAAAUAUAGAUAUAGGAAGAGCUGGAAAUCAUUAAUAAUAAUAGCAAUUGUUAGUUGAAAUUUGUGUAAAACGACGAAGUUCGAGAAUAACCGUCCAAUUGUGGCGGCUUUUGCACCCUCUGGUGACGCGAUAAAGUACACGCGAAUACAACCUUUAUUAAUAGAGUCAACAGUGACCAGAUUCACUGGACUUGGGGUACCUGAGGGCGCGCGAAUGUAACAUGUACAUUUUAUAUUUUUGGAUUGCUAAUUUUAAGAUGCUAUAUUUAUAUAUGUAUACGUAGACGGCGAGUACGUAAUCAGUAUUUCGAGUUGUAUCGCCAAAAGUUCUCGACCCAUCGGUUUCUCAUUUGUUUUCUGUUAAAGACAAUAGUUCAUUUAGCUAGUGGUCAUGUAUAUAUUUUUGGAUAGCGUGCACGUUGCUUCCGGAACGCCAAUGAUAUAUUUUAAAGAGAAGGAAGUAGUUAAGUCGUAUACAAUACUUUUAACAAUAAGCGAGAUAACUGAAAGCAAUAAUAUUUUUGUGGUAAAAAUUACUCUGAUUUUAGAAGGAGAGUAUUUUAUUAUCCACGCAAUCGUCACAAACAGUUCAAUACAUAGAUUGCUUUUUAGUGCUGUCGUAACUUGUGCUCCAUGAAUUUAUAUAAUCAUACUGGUAUAGUUCAAUUAUAAGAGCUGGAGUUUCCAACAAAUAAUGCAUAAUUUCAACUUCAAAUUUAGUAAGUUAUUAUUAUGUAUUUAGGGUUUCAUAUUCAAAUAUAAGUUUAUGAAAGAAUACAAAAUUUAGGAGCAUUGGUUACGAUCCGCUCUUAGUUAAUGACCACAGCUAAAAAUACUGCACUAGACGUAGAUAUAGUUAGAGAAAUACUUAUAGAAAUGAAAAUUAAAAAAAUGGAAAAAAUCUUGAAAUCUAUACAUAGAAUUUAAAUUUAAAAAAUUUAACUACUUUUUAUUAUUAUAUUAAUAAGAAGCUUGUUCACACAUUUUAAAUCGUAUUUAGUAAUAGCUAAGUAUAAUAGAAAUGUAAUAAAGGACAUGGAUUGAAUGCUAGUGAGAUUAUUGUUCAGUUUUAAUUAAUUUUGGCUACUAUUAAUGUUAAAUCGGUCUAAAUUUUGAGUAUUUUUACUGAAUUUUGCUUUUAGGAUUUAAUAAUAACGUGAAAAUUCUCAAAAUUUAUUACUAAAUGCGCCAAAGGCGAAUAAUUUCAACGAAUGUGAUAAAAUUGCAAAAACAAUUAUGUUGUGUGAGUUAGGUUUUUUAAUUGUUGUUUUUUGUAGAUACGGUGCGGUAUUGUUGAUUUUUUUAUCGUUAUAGUUUGGUCGUGUAUGACAGGUUGAUAUUUUGUGCAGAAUAUUGGUUUAUUAUUUUUAAGGUUAUGUGUUAUAAAAACAUUUGUAAAAUAAAAUAAUAUAUUAUGCAAUCUUAAAGUGUAAUUACACGUUUAAUUUAUAAAGGUUUUUUCCUUAAAUGCAAGCAUGAAUGUUGAGAUAGAUUCAUUACCAAAAGGGCUUUCUAUGCCGAUAAAAUGGCGUAUAGACGAUUAUAUAAUCUCUGAAAAUUUAAUCUUAAUUAAAUAAUGGGCACACCCAUUAAAUAAUGGAUUCGAAUGUUCCGUAAGCAAUAAUAUAGACUUAGUUAAUUUAACGAUGAUACAUAUAAGAUGUACAACGAAGGAAAGAUAAUUGGCAUAAUUGUAAAAGGACUUUCAAAGUUAUUUUUGUUGUCAAGAAACCCACGGAGAUAUUGGGGACAUAGCGAUUGCGGUAAAGUGUGACGCUGGCACGAGUAAAACAUUAGCUAAACUUUUAUUUUGGACAUUAUAUCAGUCUGCUUUAGCCUGCCUAAUAUAAUAUUGCAUAUCAUAGAUAUUGUGCGGUUAAUUUCAAACAUUGUAGGUUAUUUUCACGUAUCGCUAGAAAUAGGUAUAACAUCAUUUAGUUGAACAUCAAAUUGAGUUUAUGCUUUGUUGCUUGUAAUGUUUAGCAUUACUUUAAUAGCGAAUUUAUGAAGUUUUUUAUGUAUAUAAAAAUUGUAUGCAUUGUAAUCAUUGUUAUUAAGUUUCAAUAUUAUAGAAGAGUGUAAAAAUUGUUAUGUACUGCCAGUAUUUAACACCAAAUGGGGAAGGAUGAACGGUGUAAAGUAUCCAGUUCAGUCAAAAAUAAUCAUUAAGAAUUAUGUAUGUACAAUUUUAUUUCUGUAUUUUGUUUACUUGAUGAACCGUUAAAUAGGUUUUAUUUAAUUUUGAAUGAUACAUUAUUUUCCUUACAGGAGUAUUUUUGUUUCAUAUAUUGUUUAUUAUAAACUUAAAUUAAUGUUUUAGUAUUGCCAUGUUUAAUAAUUUAUUAACUAGGAAAUAUAUUUGGAUUAUUACUUUAUUUUCUCUGAAUAGAAACACGACGUUAUUGUUGUAAAAUAAAUUUGGAAAAAUUUAAUAAUUUUAUCACUGUAUUUAUCUAUAUAGCUAACAACGCAAGUGACUGGAUACUAUGUAUUUUGAAAUGAAAAAUAAUCUUCCUUUGUAAUUAUUAUAAUCUAUAAACACUACAAAAUUGUGAUUCAAAGCAAUUUAAAUAAUACUGCUGA